CACACACACACACACACACACACACACACACACACCUUCCUUAUCGCUCACUAGCAGGCGCGUAACCGCGCUGCGCUAUCCGUGCUAUCUGAAGUAGAAGCAGCCUCUCCUCUGUCAGAGCUGCAGCACACCGCUCCAGCCAGCUUGUUUUCUAGUGAUGCCGGCGGGCAGCAGCAGGCUGAAAGUCUUUCUGCUCCCAGACAAGCCAGAAGGAUGAAAUGCGCUCACCUGAGCAGGUUGGUGGCGGUUUGGGGGAUAUUGUGCGCCGUGUGGAAAGCUUCCAUCGUCCAGGGCGCGCGAGAUUUCGAGAAAAAAGUGUCGAUGCUGCUGAGAGAGGAGCCACAAAACCCAAAGUGCUUCGCUGAAGGCAGGAAGGACUUCACGUGCUUCUGGGAGGAAGAUGAGGAGAGGGCCGGCUCCGUGGACCAGUACUCCUUCACAUACACCUACCAGAAGGAGAACAGCAGCACGUGUCCGCUGAGAGCACUUCCUGCCUCCGGAGGGAAGAGGCUGUUCGUCUGCCGUCUGAACCGAACGCAGAUGUUUGUCCAAAUGGACAUACAAGUUCAUCGAUUGGGAACACUGAUCCACAAUCGCAGCCUUCUCAUCGAGCUUUUCUUUCUUUUGGACCCUCCGGCCAACGUUACGGUGAGCCGUACGGGUCAGCGAGACCAGGUCAACGUCAGCUGGGUGCCCCCCCCCCUGAAGUACAUGGACGACAGCAUGAUGUACGAGGUCAGCUACACCACGGACGACGACAGCCACCUGGGGCAGGUGGAGGUGGUCCGAGCCAGCUCCGAGCUGAUCCUGAGAGGUCUGCAGCCGGACAAAAAGUACAAGAUCCGAGUCCGAGUGAAGCUGGACGGGAUCAGCUACAACGGCUACUGGAGCGCCUGGAGCGACCCGGUCACCAUGGAAACACUGCCUGCAGAGCUGGAUGCCCUCAUCACAUGCCUGACUCUGAUCAUCUCGUUCAUCCUGGUCGUGCUGUCUCUCAGCAUGCUGCUGUCCCACCGCAGGUUUGUUAUAAAGAAGGUCUGGCCGACUAUUCCGACUCCGGACAGCAAGUUCAGAGGUCUUUUCACCGUUUACGGGGGAGACUUUCAGGAGUGGCUAGGACAGACCAACGGAGGUGCGUGGUUGACUCCAGCUUUCUUCUACUCAGAGGAAUGCCCUUCUCCUCUGGAAGUCCUGUCCGAGCUCAGCCCUUGCCCACCUCUGCCUCCCAAAACCUCCAGAGCUCCGACGACCGGCAGCGCCGAGCACGAGGCUGUAAAGCCGGCGUCGGACGACCGAGAGCCGUUGGAAAGUGGCGAUUCGGCUCAGACGCAGCGAUGGAGAGCCGCGCCGCACGACUCCUGGCUGAUGGACCGCUUACGGGCCCUGCAGCAGAACCCCGAGCUCUGCUCCCAGUCCUCUCUGCUCGAGUCUCAAGACGCCUACGUCACGCUCAGCGCCAACGACCACACCGGAGACCAUCACCUGGCUGGCGUUCUCGAGGAAGCCUUGCCCCUUCAGGCGCUCUUUGCCUCCAGAAAAACUCAAGCGCUUUGUGAAUCUCACUCGGACCUGGGCUCCGUGCAGCAGAGCUCCGGGUCGGGUCGCCUUUCAUCGCAGUCGAGCUUUGAGUACCCGGGCCAAGUCUGGAUGCCCAAAGGCCCGGGGUACGCCUACAUGGCGGUGGCAGACUCUGGCGUCUCUAUGGAUUACAGCCCCAUGAGCAGAGCCGACGACUUUGGGAAACUGGUGAUCUACGCCAACGAGAUCCCUGCUCACAGAAGAGCCUUCUCGUCCAGGCACAACCCGAUCCACGACGUCUGAGUCUCAUGAACGGGUUCGUACGAUAUCCAACGAAAAGUUAUGCACAACAACUCGUAUGAUAUCCUACGAAAUUAGGCGAUCGGCGGCUACAGAGCUCCGUGACUCGUCGGUCGUAUCAGCAGCCGUUACAGCUGAGUUUAGCCGACAAAAAGUGAGCGUCAUGCCACAGUUAAAGGACAAUACCGGCGCCAAAUGACCCUAGGAGUUAAUAACAUGUGUACCAACUCGACCGUUCUCUGGGACAUGUUUUCAUGCUAAUUCAAUGCGUCUCUAGCUUUAAACUAGCUACCGCUAACCGCUGAUUAGCUGCUAACGCUAGUAGUCGGGGCAGAUGGUAAAUCUCUAUUUCUACACCACUAACAAGACUCAACAUAUCACCACACUUCCACGGUAGCAUAACGAGGUCCCUACAUGUUAGCACAAGCAUUGAGAACUCUGUAAGUGUACAGACAGUUUAUUAUAAAGAUAGAUCAUGAAGACAGUAGCCUAGCGUUCAUGUUUACAUGCGUCAUGACCGGUCGAACGACGAACGCCAUGCAACCAGUAACCAAUAACGUAGCUCAAACUCUGCUCCCCGGCUUGGAAGCCCUGUAUUUUAUGACCCAAACAUCUGGAUACAUGUUUGUGGAUACAUACGAAUUACUGUGCUUUCCUUUUUGUAGCGAUAUGAACGAAUGGAUCAUGAGAACAGCCUUGGACUGAGCCUGGAAGCCGACUCAGUGGAGGGUUUUUGGAUUAUUCACCCAAAGCUACGAAGACUCUUAACUGUUAAGAUUAAGAAAGAUGUACCAAGGAUUUGGGAGCAGACUGAUACCAAAGUGUAAGCUAACGGACUCCUGAAGAAGAGUCCGAUGGAUGUACAAACAUUCUUACUUUAUCCAAACCACAGCUGUGGUUCACAACAAAUACUGAUAUUCAGUGCUGCGUGCUGAUCUGUAAGUGAUCCCAUCCUGUAGAUCAGAGCAGAAUAUUACUUUUAUAAUUCACCAACAUUCAAGUUGAGGGAGUGAACUCCCUGAGUGUUUUCAUAGUAGUUCAUAGGGCUGUCCUAACCUGACUCCACCAGAUGGAUCGCUUCCCAUUUGCUCAACAUAUCCAUCUGGGAACUUACCGUUGUAAGUUCUGUCUAUCUCCAACUAUAGGUGGUGAUAGACAGAUGGUUUAUCCAAUCAGCUAACCAGGAUUUCCUCCCCUUCCCAAAAGUUCUCCAACGGUAAGUUCCUAGAUGGAUAUGUUGAGCAAAUGGGAAGCGAUCCAUCUGGUGGAGCCAGGUUAGGUUGUACAGGCUGAAGUUGGAGAAACAGCUAGCUAGCUGAUGUGGUUUUAGCUAAAGUGGUUAGCACCAUAGACAGGUUAGCACACACCAAAUGUCUCGGCUAGUGCCGUAGAAAGCCGUGCAGA